AUGGCCCAGGGUGAGCAGAAGCACCCCGGCCCCACUCACGGCACACCGGGAGGAGCGGCUCCCGCCGGCAGGGCGGACAAAGCGGUGGGGCGGCGCUCCGCCGCCUCCCGCCGAACAAAGGGGCCCGGGGCCGCCCCGCCCCGCUCCCGCCCGCCGGUGCGCACCGACCGCCCCGCUCGCAUCUCCGCCCCGUGGGUCCCGCUCCGCUCCGGGCAGCGCCCGCGCCACGCGGCCGGAGCGGCGGCCCCGGCCCGCCCCGCUCCGCGCGUCCUGCGCCCGUCGGGCGGUGCCGCCCUCGGUCCUCCCCGCCCGCGGCUCGGGAGGCCGCGCUGGACUACGGGCAGGGGCCGGCACCGGCCAAAACUCUCCCAGAAGCGACUCCCGCCCCAGCAGUUCCGUCAGCCCCCUCUGACCGGCUCUGUCUCCGCGCCCCCACGCAGCCCUUGGCUCCCGGGAGGCCGCUCCCUCCCUCCCGCGGAGGGAAGCGGAGGCUCCCUGCCCGCCGUAGGGGGACGCUCCGAACCGCGGGUCCGGCUCAGCCGGCGGGCUUUUCAGGCGUUCUUCCCCGCCCAGUGGAGAGCGAAGAUGGAAGAAAGGAGAGAUCUGGUGGCACAGAGGAGAGGUGGCCACACACAUGGUGGGAACGCAGAACAAGACGUGCCUGUGUGGUGGUAAUGUGCCUGAAGCCUUUUGAAGCCCGUGCUGUUUCUCGUGUCCCAGGCCAAAUUCCUGCAGCAGGACCGAGCUGAGCAUGAAGCACCUCAAGAUGUGCCCUUAGAGUCACCUACUGCACCGCCAAGGCCAGCAUAAUGGCAGCAGUGGCUUUGAGUCACAACCCUGGAGACACGCCCUGUCCUUUCACCAAGGGACCCUGGCCACUCAGUUUCUGCACUGCUAAAAUUGGCUCUGUGGGAAUUUUGUUGGGGCUGUCACUGGGCCAACCACACCCUUGAUGUUCUGGGUCCGUUGUGGGGGGACGAGAAGGGAUACUGAGCAGUCUUGCACAACCUGAAUAAUCAUGC